AGUGUUUUUGUUUUGUUUUAAUUUUGCUUAUUUGACCCGUUCUAUCUGAUCGCACUUGUUUUGCCGAGACAUUCCAUUAUCAGCCAGUGAUUUGGUAAAUCGCUUGGUAAAGGCUUAUAAACUCAUCUUGCUUGGUUCAAUCUUCGACCAUUAUCAAAAUGGUGCGUGCAUGGUUUAUGGACAGCGAACCAACCGAUCAGCGUUUGGAGCACCAGCUCGAUCCACCACAAUUUCUUAACACGGACGAGUUGUUUAAGAGCACAGGUGUUGAAUAUUUCAAGAUAAACAUUCCGACGUAUGAUAGCGACGGUGUGCUGGAAAAAAUUCGCAAGGAUCGCGGUUAUUCAUACGAAGAUGAAAUUACCUGCUCCAAAGAAUGUUUGACCGAUUACGAGAACAAGUUGAAAAACUUUUUCACCGAGCAUCUCCACACCGACGAGGAGAUUCGUCUGGUGUUGGACGGAUCGGGUUACUUUGAUGUGCGUAGCUUAUUUUUCAAUUCACCCUCUGUCAGCGGCAAGGAUGAUGCUUGGAUACGGAUCGAGGUCAUUGCUGGUGAUUUGAUCAUUAUUCCAAGCGGUAUUUACCAUCGAUUUACCCUGGACUCGAAGAACUUCAUCAAAGCAAAGCGCUACUUUGUCGGGGAACCAGUUUGGCUUCCGUACAAUCGUCCGGCGGAUGAAAUGGAGUGUCGUAAGCAUUAUCUUGAGCGAUUGGAAGCUGGUUUUGCUGGGUAACGGUAGUCGCCUGACGUUAUCAGCUGCAGCUACAUUACUCGUUGUUUCCGAAACGCAGUCUAAAACAAUCACAUUGAAAUUUGUUUUGAAUAAAGAUUCAUGUUAACAUUUUUAAA